AGGCUCUAGUGUAGCUGCCAUGUGAGCUGAGGGACCGCCCCCUGUAGGGAUCUCACACACUCACUGGCUGCUGACGCUGCUGCACUGAGGAAUCAUCUGACGAGCAGUGUAUGUCCAUCUGUCCUUCCCUCCGCUGCUGCUCGUCUGUCCGCUGGCCUGUGAUAGGCUGGAUCUUUCCUCCAGGGGAUCAUGGAAGGGACACUGUGAUCGCUACGUACUGAUACAAUGGAUUCAGAGCCAUCCACACCCCCUCACCUGCUGGGCAGAUCUCAGCUCAAUGCUGCCACCCCUGCGGAGGGACAGGAGGACCCUCACACACCAGGACCCAGCUUGUCUGCUCCUGCAUCACCCCCAGUAUUUUCUCCUGUGACAGAUGACAUGAAUGAUGAACUUGACCCUCAAGAAGCUGUCUUUCAGGAACUUCUAGAAAAAGCAAAGACUGGAGAUGCAAAGGCACAAAGUGAGGUUGGAAAGUCCUACUUGAAACUCGCUGAAGAGCAAGACGAGGAGGUAAACAACUGUGCGGCUGUCGACUGGCUUAUUGCAUCUGCCAAGCAAGGUCGAAGGGAUGCCGUCAAGUUGUUACGGAGAUGUCUGGCUGAGCGAAGAGGAAUUACAAAUGAAAAUGAAAGUGAGGUGAAGAAACUGUCAUCCGAGACGGAUUUGGAGAGGGCAGUUAGGAAGGCUGCCUUGGUCAUGUACUGGAAAUUAAACCCAAAGAAGAAGAAACAGGUGUCGGUGUCUGAGCUGCUGGAAAAUGUGGGCCAGGUCAAUGCUGAAGAUGGAAAGAACGAGCCUGGCCCCAUUCCCAAGGCAGCACAGAAGCAGCGGAGGAUCCUGGAACGCUUAGUCAGCAGUGAAUGGCGCCCCACUCCGGUUUUGUUCCCCGAGUAUGUUAUACCAUCAACGCAUAAGCCAAGUUUUUGUUAUUUUCCAGCAAAAAGCUUCAUUGCGUUAGAUGAUUUUGUUGAAAUCACCAAGAGAUAUGCAAAGGGGAUAGUCCCAAGCAAUUUGAUUAUACACGAUGAUGAAGAUGACGAGUUUGCUGGGAAGAGCCCAGAAGAGCUGCCUCUGCAACAAAAGAUCAUGAAAUACCCCCUUCAUGUCAUUACGGAACUGAAGGAGUACCUGAUUGAAGCCGCCUCCAAGGCUGGAAUGCACUGGCUGUCCACUAUCAUCCCUACUCAUCACAUCAAUGCCUUGAUCUUCUUUUUCAUUAUCAGCAAUCUCACCAUAGAUUUUUUUGCCUUUUUUAUCCCUCUGAUCAUUUUCUACCUGUCCUUUAUUUCCAUGGUGAUUUGCACACUCAAGGUUUUCCAGGACAGCAAAGCCUGGGAGAAUUUCCGCACUUUGACUGACUUGUUGCUUCGAUUUGAGCCCAAUCUGGACGUUGAGCAAGCCGAAGUGAACUUUGGUUGGAAUCACAUGGAGCCGUAUUUGCACUUCUUAAUAUCUGUUUUCUUUGUCAUCUUCUCCUUCCCAAUCACAGACAGACACUGGAUUCCUUGCUCAGAACUGGCCACCAUAUCUAUAUUUUUCACCAUCACCAGUUACUUGAGUUUAAGCACUAGUGCGGAGCCUUACACCCGUCGAGCCUUGAUAACAGAAGUGGCUGCUGGUGCCCUCUCCCUAAUGGAUCUUUUGCCAAUAUCUCUGCCCUACAUCAAGACUCUUAGUAGAACGUUUUUUACGGUGCCUAUUGGCCACUUUAUCGUAUUUCACAUUAGCGUCCCGUGCCUUCUCUUUCUGUAUUUGUUCUAUCUGUUCUUCAGAAUGGCGCAGCUGAGGAAUUUCAAAGGUUUCUACUGUUACCUGGUGCCCUACUUGGUUUGCUUUAUGUGGUGCGAAUUAUCUGUUGUAAUUGUACGUGAAUCCACUACCAUCGGCCUUAUCCGGGCAUCUGUAGGCUAUUUCCUUUUUCUCUUUGCUCUGCCUAUACUUAUUGUGGGCAUCGUGGUCAUGUGCAUUGUCCAUUUCAUAAAGUGGUUUAUUUCCCUAGAGCUGACAAAGAUUGUGGUAACUUUACUUUUAUGCACCGUUCCAGUGCUUCUCCGUUGGUGGUCUAAAGCGAACUAUUCCUUAGUCAAUAUGGUUAAAUCCCUAACUAAAAGCUCCAUUGUGAAGCUUAUUCUGGUUUGGAUCACCGCCAUAGUAAUGUUUUGUUGGGUAUACGUCUAUCGAUCUGAAGGCAUGAAGGUUUAUAAUUCUACUUUGACUUGGCACCAGUAUGGCUUCCUGUGUGGGCCCAGAGCAUGGAAAGAAACCAAUAUGGCACGGACCCAGAUGCUGUGCAGUCAUUUGGAAGGGCACAGGGUAACUUGGACAGGCAGGUUCAAAUAUGUCCGGCUUACAGAAAUUGACAACAGUGCAGAGUCUGCGAUCAAUAUGCUUCCUCUUCUUAUAGGAAAUUGGAUGAGGUGUUUGUAUGGCGAAGCUUACCCAGCGUGUGAUCCACAGAACGUCCCCAUAGCAGAAGAGGAGCUUUGCCGCUUAAAAUUCCUCUCUAAGAAUUCAUGCCACAUGAAAAGAUUUGACCGGUACAAAUUUGAGGUUACCGUGGGUAUGCCUUAUAACGGGGGAAACGGGAGCAAGGUGAUGGAAGAGGACGACAUAACGAAAGAUAUUGUGCUGAGGGCAAGCAACGAGUUUAAGCAAGUGCUACUGAACCUGCGGCAGAGCAGCAUCAUAGAGUUCAGCACCAUCCUAGAGGGCCGCCUUGGCAGCAAGUGGCCGGUUUUUGAACUGAAAGCCAUAAGCUGCUUAAACUGCAUGGCAAAUCUUACGCCAGCCUCCAGACAUGUGAAAAUAGAGCAAGACUGGAGGCGAGAUGUCCAUACGGCUUUGAAGUUUGCCUUUGAUUUCUUUUUCUCCCCGUUCCUCUCAGCCGUUUGAAAAAAAAAAGUCAUUAUUGGACUGAUACGCAAGGAGGGAGUCACUGUGAUAAAAUAAACCAAAGUAUUAUUUCUUUACACUAUCUCAGUGGUCCCCAACCAGUAGCUCAUGAGCAACAUGUUGCUCUCAACCCCCUUGGAUGUUGCUCCCAUAGGCCUCAAAGCAGGAGCUUAUUUUUGAAUUCCAGGCUUGGAGGCAAGUUUUAGUUGC